GAUGUUAGCAGGUAUAAGCGUAAUUUGACAUUUGUGCAGGGUUAGAAGCCAGCACUGAUUACCUACGAAGAAAGUGGGCUUAAUGGAAUGGGCUUAAUGGAAGUGUGUACAAAAUAAAAAAAUAUCCUGCCUAAAAUUUUAGUAACAGCGUGAUAAAUCUGCUACGAAUGAUAUAAAGGAUAUGAUGGUUGAAGAAACGUUAAAUUCUGUGAACAAAUCUAAGAAUAAAACAGCUCGCCCAAGACCUGUAUACCUUUGGACUGUUGUUGAUGUUCAAAAAUGGCUAAGACGGCAUUGCAGUGACUAUUAUCCUCUGUACUGGGAAAAGUUUCAGCAGCACGACAUUACAGGCCGGUCUCUUCUACGUAUCACUGAAACAACUCUCCUGAGACUUGGCAUUGAAAAUGCUGAACACAGACAAGAAAUCUGGAGGGAGAUAAUGAAAUUACGACUGAAGACGGACAUAAUUGAAAUCAGGGAUCUUGAAAGAAGGAAUAACUUGAACUAUGAUUAAAUCAAAUACUUCAUUUUAUUGAAUAAUAAUGAGACCCAAAGAAGAAGAAUGUAUUGUUUUAAUGUCAUUUCUAUCUCUGUUUUGGCUGUAUCACCAGAACAGCCAAGCAACAAGAAGGAGAUUGUUACAUCUUAAAAAAAGACGCUGUUACUUGCGCAACUUGAUAUCCAAACUUUUAAUUUCACAAUCUCGACUUGGUAGUAAUGUCGAUAUACCUGAUUAUUCCCAGUGCCAAGAUUCUGACUAGAACUAUACAAAGCAAAUACAUUUAGUAUGUGGUUUUGUUAAAUAUAACUGCAGUAUAUAAUAAACUUUAAUUAAAAUUAUACUUAAAAA